GGGGUUGUUUUCGUUUGGAGCACUUCACUCGACCCCCUUUCUUGGCGCUCCCCUCCCCCCGUCACUUUCCCCGCUCGCCCGGGUCGCUGCUACCGCCGCCGCCGCCGCUGCUGAUUCGGGAGGCGGAGGAGGAAGAGGACGCAGUUCCAGCGACUUUGGAAGCACCAGGCGCAGGCUGCAUUGAUUGAUUGACACCUCCCCGCCCCAGUUUUGCGGUGUCCCUCCCACGCAAAGAGCCUCUCGGAGUUGUUUCAGCGACUGAGCUGUGGACAUCAGGACGAAAAGGGGGAAGCUGACACCCCACUCCCCUAAAAAAAAGAAAACAAUCCAGUUUUUGCCUUUUUCUCAAAAAACGUCCAAAGGGAGGAAAAGACCCCGAAGCAAAGGUUGCAGGGUCUUCCCUAUUUCUCCCUUCUCCCCGCCCCGUUCCCCACUCCCCGAAGGAAAAAAAAAUCCCUGGGAGAUGGUGACAUAUGAAGCGAGCCGGGAGGACCAUGGUUGAGAGGACCAGCAAGUUCUUGCUGAUCGUGGCCGGCUCGGUGUGCUUCAUGCUGAUCUUGUACCAGUAUGUGGGGCCGGGGCUGAGUCUGGGGGCGCCCAGCGGCCGCGCCCUGGCUGAUGACCUGGACCUCUUCCCAACGCCCGACCCGCACUACGUGAAGAAGUAUUACUUCCCCGUGCGCGAGCUGGAGCGGGCGCUCACCUUCGACAUGAAGGGCGACGACGUGAUCGUGUUCUUGCACAUCCAGAAGACGGGCGGCACCACCUUCGGCCGCCACCUGGUGCAGAACGUGCGCCUUGAGGUGCCCUGCGACUGCCGGCCCGGCCAGAAGAAGUGCACCUGCUACCGGCCCAACCGCAGGGAGACCUGGCUCUUCUCCCGCUUCUCCACCGGCUGGAGCUGCGGUCUGCACGCUGACUGGACCGAGCUCACCAACUGCGUGCCUGGAGUGCUGGACAAGCGGGAGAACGCGGCCCUCAAGACACCAAGAAAAUUCUACUAUAUUACGCUGCUGAGAGACCCCGUGUCCCGCUACCUCAGCGAGUGGCGGCAUGUUCAGCGUGGGGCCACCUGGAAGACCUCACUGCACAUGUGUGAUGGGCGGACCCCAACACCUGAGGAGCUGCCCCCAUGUUAUGAAGGCACAGACUGGUCAGGCUGUACCCUGCAGGAAUUCAUGGACUGCCCCUACAACCUGGCCAACAACCGCCAGGUAAGGAUGCUGGCCGACCUGAGCCUGGUAGGCUGCUACAACAUGUCCUUCAUCCCUGAGAACAAGCGGGCACAGGUCCUUCUGGAGAGCGCCAAGAAGAACCUUCGGGACAUGGCCUUCUUCGGCCUGACGGAGUUCCAGAGGAAGACCCAGUACCUGUUUGAAAGGACUUUCAACCUGAAGUUCAUCCGGCCCUUCAUGCAGUACAACAGCACCCGGGCCGGCGGUGUGGAGGCGGACAGUGAAACCAUCCGGAGGAUUGAGGAGCUGAAUGACCUAGACGUGCAGCUCUAUGACUAUGCCAAGGACCUCUUCCAGCAACGGUACCAGUACAAGCGGCAGCUGGAGAGGAUGGAGCAGAGGAUUAAAAAUCGAGAGGAAAGACUUCUCCACCGGUCCAACGAGGCCCUUCCCAAGGAAGAGGCAGAGGAGCAGGGACGUUUGCCCACUGAAGACUACAUGAGCCAUAUUAUAGAGAAGUGGUAGCCCAGGGGAGCCUUUUCUACUUGACAGCACCCAAGAAUUCUCAUGGGGGUGGGGGGGGAUCAUAUGGUUGUGUGACAGAAACCCACAAAACUUUAUUUAAAAAAUCCCAAGUCUGUUUAACAGAAAGUAGAUGUGUCUGAAAAAUACACAACAGGGGGGAGGGAGUGGGGAAGUGUGGCUUUUUACUGUUUCUACAAGGCCAGACAUUCUUUAAAAAUAAAUAAAGGAAAAUUUUAAAUGGGUCACAGCCAACUUGUACUUAACACAGAACCACCAAGUUAGCUCCCCCCACCUGAGGUCCAGGACUGCACAAAUGCUUUGUGCCCCAAGCUCAGAAGAGGGUCACAUUCUUUUGCAUCUGUGCUCUGAGCUUCCAGGCCAAUGGGAAAGAAGGCAGUGGUAGCUUUUAGAAAAGAACAAGAAGGUCAAGGGGACAGAUUGGCUUGGCUAUCAGUCCAUCAUCUAACCACAGAAAGCAGCAGUGCUCAGGUUCAUAUCGCCACAAAGGAAAACAGUAAAAUAAAGACGUCUAAGGGAGGGCUUCAAACUCAAGGGGGAAUACAGGAGUUUUGAAGUCGUCUAGGAUAUACCCCAUGCUAAGGGGCCCUGAUCCCUUAACCCGUCAACUAAGAGGUCAUCUUCAGAGCACAGGAAAGAGAAACCAAAUUUGAUUCCAUGUAGAAUUGGCGGUAUUUAUUCGCACAUACAGACACACACAUACACACAUCAUCCCUUCCCUUCUCUAGGUACACUCCAUGUAGCCUUAAAAAAGGUCAAAACACCAGUGUUUUGUUCUGAUUUGUUUUACUACAUCAGGCAGAUUCUUCCCACAGAGUAUGGCAACCAUCACACCCAAAAGCCUGAAGAGACUAUCUGGACCCAGACAGAAACCAUCACCCAUGCCUUUAUCACCUGUGAGCAUCUGAAGUGUUUAUGAGGGCAGAUACCUUUCUUUAUUCAGGAAUUACUUUUUUUUGAAUUACCUUAAGAAGUUUUUUUUUUCCACCCUGCAGUUGCCCUCUUUUAGACUAUCCCUAGCUUUCAAAGUUUUCCUGAAGAUUAAACAGCCUCCUUACUUAGAGAGUAACACAAUGGGAAAGCCACAGGAAAAAGGAAAAUGACAAGCAUUGGGUCUUUGGCUUGAGUCCUGCUGGUCCCAAGUGCCGUUUCAAAUCAUUUUUCCCCCAAGGAGGAGUCAGAUUUCAUUCUCCUGCUUAAUAUCAGAAUCUCUAACUGGAGUUGAUGCCUAUCAGUAGGGGACCAGCAAUAGAUUCCUGCCCAUUUCCAGCUAUCUUAUUUCACAUUCUCCAAACUACUUGGGUAUCUUUGCUGCUUUACUCAGCACUUAUGUAUUGACAUGGAAAUUAUUUGGGGGGGGGGUAAUUUAAGUAUUAGACUUUAUUAAUCACUCCCCGGAACUUGAACUGUUACAUAGAGUAGAGAGUGAUCAGAGGAACGCAGUUGUAUGUUCCAAAGUUGUGAGCAUGCCUGUGAUAUAAGAAAGAGGGGCCCUCGGAGUUAGGCCCACUGAGGUAUUUUUACCCAGCAGCUCUCUACCCCUCCAAGGCCAGCCGUGUCCUGCUUUUGUGUCUCUGCCUUUAUCCCCGGAAUCAGUGGCUUCAGAGGGUAUCAUCAGAGGGUGUCCGACUGGCCUAACUGGAAUCUCCAUCCAGCAUCUCCAGUCAACCAGUUACGUGGAACCUGUUAGCCACUGGAGAUGUCACUGCCUGAAUGGACAGCACAGAGCAGGAAUAAGGCCAGCAUCCUGCACAGGACCAAAGCAUCCCCUGUGUAUGCGGAACACUCUGGAAAAGACUUAUGGAAACCCUCCUAAACUUCCCUCAUGUUUGGAAAUUUGCUAAAGGAUUCAGGAUGUGACCCCAGUCAAAAACUCUGCCCCAAGCCUCAAACUCCAGUUAUUUUCACAUUGCUUAUUUGUCUUAUAGCCUCCACAGAUAAAUGGAGUUGAAACCUCAGUUAACAAAAAUAAAAAAUUUCUAAAACCUCAGUUAACUACAACUCAGAUAUAGAAUCCUCAAUUAACCAGAAUUGUUUUGCGGGAUGGGGAGGAAGGGAAGGGCAAUGGUUGCCAUUCAGCUUUAGAUGAAAGAAAUGCAAGCUGCAAGGAAAGAUGCUGGUGUGAAGGACCUAGUCAAGAAAAUCAUUUCCAAGGGCUAUCCUGAGCACAUUCUGAAUUCAGCCCAAUUCCCCUACACCACCACUCUCGAUAUCAGGCAAUUAGAGUGGAUGUUCAGGACAGUAUCCUUGAGGCCCUACGAGACCCUCAGUCAGGAAAGAAGGAUUCCAUUAAGUCAUCCACACACCUCUGAAUGAGGCAGGAAAAGGAGGGGACUCGUGUUUUAGAAAGUGUUACACCAACUCAGGUUGGUACUGAAAAGAGGUGUAUGGCUAACUCUUGUUGCUCAGUUCAACUAACCAGAAACUCCAGAGGCUUUUACUCUUGGCCUCUAGAAAUCCCUCUGCCUGUUUUAAAGGGCAGUCCUUCCAUUGGUCAGACACCUCCCAUACAGAUUCCUGUGUGAUCUGUGGCCCCCGGUGUGUGUCUUUGCUUUCUGAUGAAUGCUAUUUUAGAGCCACUUUUCCCAUCCAUUAAACCUUUUCAUAGUUAUCCCCACCCACCUUUCCAAUCCACUGGCCAAGCCCUCAAGGCAUCAUUACUACUCAAAUCUUCCCUCUCCUCCCCGGUUAUCUUCUUGUCUUCUUCCUUCUUAUUGCUUCCUUUCACUCUCCUCUCUACUUCCUCUCUCCCUCUUUUCCUUUUUCCUUUCUUCUCCCCCAUACCACACUGUUUCCAGAUCACCAUUCGCCAUUGUUUCUCUCCCUGUCUUUUUCAUUUCUUUCCCACCCCCAUCUUUCUUUUCCUCUAUUUUCUUUGUGCAGCCAUUCUUCAACUUCCUUUUAUCUCCCUCUCCCCAGAUUUCCUAGCCUGGUACCCAGUCUGUUUCACACUAGAAAGUGAAGUGUUGGAAAGGAGUGUUUCUGAAGAAAAGGGAUUCUCAGUCCUGGGGCGUUUCAGGGUGGCCUCACUGAACGCUCUAUAGAAUGACCUAGUGUCAGAAUCCAAAACCAGGCUCCACCCCCACCCUCUCCCCCAGCAACCCUGGGAGACUGAUUAGGUAAUCUGUUGUAAUCUGAACUUAACUCAAGUGGGUGUCCUCUUACCUCUCUCAGCCUGAGAUGCCACCUCCAUUUUCUAGCAAAACCCACCAUCGGGACAUUCCAGUCCUUCAACCAAACGAUCCGGAAAUGCCCUCAGUGUCACAGUGGCAUCAGCAGCUCUGAAGAAUCCCUAGGCCCCUCCCAUUUUGCAAAAGCUUCCCAACACUAGACAAGGCUUUGAAUGUUCUUGCUCUCUAGGUAUGUGCCAAGCAAGCUGCCUCUUCACCCCUUCUUUCCUGGAAGAAGUUUCCAGGCAGAGUUUCCAGAACAGGUUGUGACAACAGCCUGUGGAGUGGAAUAAAAAUACUAUAGCUAUAUUUAGCUAUUCCAGGUGCUUUCACAUCUAUUAAGUGAUCCUCAUGACACUCCUGUGAAGUUGGUAUGUUUAUCUUCCUUUGAUAGAGGAUACAGUUGAGGGAAGCCUAGAGAGCUUUAAGUGACUGGCCCAGGGUCACACAGUGAGUCAGAGACAGAACCUCACCAAGAGAGCUCCUGAGAGGGAGACUGAGUACAAGCUUCUGUCUCAAGGUGGUGUUAGGACCUUUCUUAGCCUAGGAUAUAUAGGUUUAAAAAAAAAUCACUGCAGAGAAAGAGGAAGCUUUUUUGUCCCCCCUUAGUUUGAUUUCUUGCUUUAGUAUAGCAUGUCCUGGUGUCAGGGCUUUAUUUCCUUAUACAUAAGGGACUGAAGAGGAAUCAAGCACCAGAUGGGAUGGGUUGCUAGCUUGUAUGCCAUGGCAGAGAGUAGUCAGCUCAUUGGGAGGCUUGCCUUCCUGACCCAUUUCUGCCAACCUAAUUAAAAAUGCACAUCAUAAGCUGGGUGCAUCACACAGACAGAGAUGAUUGGGUGGGUGUUGGUUACAUGCUUGGGGGAAUGCAGAUUAUGUGCUUGGGGGUGCAUGUCAUAUGCAAGAAAUUAAGGUGAUUCUGUGGGUGAAUUUAGUAGAGUUGGCCCUUUUAAAUGGCAAACCAGUAAUCAGUGGUUUAGCUUUGAAAAUCUUAAUGGAGAAUUUCUCUAAUCAAAAUGAUCAGCUGUGGUUUGGAAGAGUGACAGGGAUCUCUCACCAAGAUUAGUGUGGGCAGUAGAGCCCACUCAUACUUCACUUGGUGUUACUCCCACAUUCAGGAAGGGACUUUUCAUUUACCAGGCACACUGGCCCAAGUACGAUGUGGAAGGAUGCAACUGAAUUCUUCUCUUGCAAUUUGCUUUACACCAAGCCUGGCACUCCCUCGGAGGACUGAAUCAAGAGACCUGUACUCUGAAAGGCUGAUCUUUGAAAAUAGUGCUGGGAGCACGUGAUUUGUUUUGUACAUAUUGAAAUAUGUUUUAACUUAUUUUUAAUUGCCCCAGUUCCCCUCAAAGUGAUGAUUUUCCUGUUUCUUCGUUUGCAUUUGAAAGUUUGUUGUUGGUUUGUUUUUUUUUUAAAAAAGUCUCUUAUUCUUUCCAUUACCAAUACUUCGGGUGCCCGUGAGGCAGAGCAAACCCGCAGCUGCCAAUGACCGUCCUCGAAUGUUCAGAUCAUGCUGUUGGCUUUUGAUUGAAGGCAUCACUUGUACUGCCUUUCAUUUCAGCAUCAUCUUGGAAACAUAAGGAAUGAUCCAAUGGGGAAGGGGAGUUCCCCCUUAGAGUUGCCCUUUCUGAUGACUUUAUCUGCCAGGGAACUCAUGGGGGGAGGAGGGGUGUUGCUGAGAGGGCAAACUCAAAAAUCCAGUAAAUUAAAAAAUCAGUCCCUGGCCCAGCCCCAACCUAGGCCCAGCAGACCCAGCUGCUCCCCUGGAGCUAAGAAAAAGGAAAGCCAGGGUUUUCUGAGCAAUGAGUCUGUGACAUUUUCAGUUUAACUUGAGCCCAGUAACAUUUAAAGCUUUUAUUUAUUUAUAGCUUCUUAACAAAAGAAAAAGAAAAAAAAGAAAAAGAUGUGUUCAUUGAGAAGGAAUUGUUUGGUUAUUCGUAUAAGAAAAUGGUUCGACAACAAAAAAAAAUAAUCUUCUAAUUGUUUUUGUCUAGGUCAAGAAUGAAUGUUAGCAAAUGAAAUAAAUCUUCAAAUUGA